AUGGACAGGGAUCGUGAGCGAGACAGAGACCGAGGAGACCGAAGAGAUGAUAGGUACUCCAACACAUACCGUCCUCGUUCCCCUGGCCCACGUCCACGCUCUCCACGCGGCGACAGCUAUCGAGCACGCUCACCUCCUCCCCGUCGCAGUUCGCCUCCUCGCCGUGUCUCACCCAUUCGCCGCGGUAUAGCAUCGGCUGAUACAUAUGUUCCUGGUGGCCGCUCGUCGCGUCCUCGCAGUCGGUCGCCAGCUUUCCGAAGAAGAUCUCGAAGCCCACGUCGCGAUGACAACUGGAGGGCACGUCCUCGAUCACCACCUCGCCGAGCAUUCUCACCGCGACGGGACGAACCUAGAAGGGACGAACCUAGACGGGAUGACUACAGGGCAAGGUCGCCGCCACCGCGACGAGAUCGCGAUCAGUACGACUCGUACACUCGCUCUCCACGCCCACGCGAGAGGUCUCCACCGCCCAGAGAGCGCGAUGUUUCUCCAGCCAGGAGCCGUGGCGUGCGUUCGCCUGUCCGUUCGAGCCGGUACGAAGAGCCGCGCUCUCGAGUAAACAGCCCCCCUCCUCGCCGCUACUCCCCUCUCCGCGACACUCGGGACACACGCGACUACCGACGCCGCUCGCCCUCUCCAAGGCGCGACCGUCCUGACCCUUACACUGCGGAUACCUGGAGAAGUCGUAGGUCCCCUUCGCCUGCGCGACCGACUUACGCUUCAAAUGAUGCAUCGGGUAGGGAUUCUGCGGCAACGUCUCGUCGCUCUUCCCCGCCACCUAUCCAUCCUAGCCGGGCUGCACUGGUAGAAGACCGACCAGCUCGAGAGCCCGUCUCAGCACCGCGAUCGCCGUUCCGUGAGCGCCUCCCCGACAGAGGACGGGACUACAGUCGCGAGCGAGAGCGUUCGCCUCCACGCCGUCGGGAAAGCCCUCCUACGGGACCGCGCGGAGAUAGGGACUUUGCGCCGCCUACUGGACCAUCUUCCUCUUCAUACCGCAAUGGUGACAGUAACUUUGCCAGAGCUCCACCAACAGGGCCUUCCAGCCGGAGCUAUCCCUCCCCUGCGAUUUCGCCUCCCGCUGGCCCGUCAAGCCUGGCAUCACAACCUCCUGCCUUUCCUCGGGGCAACAACCCUGUGCUAGCAGCGCCAACACGACCGCGAGGUGGUGGUCGUGGUGGGUUUGGAGGAUACGAAGGACGAGGAGACUUUUCUGGUCCAUCCUCACGACGAGGGUCUUGGGGUGCAGGUCCGCGAGGAGGAGGCUACUACGGCGGUGCGCCAUCUGGCCCACGCGGUUCCAGCAGCGGCCCUGGUGGAGCGGCACCUUUUGCUCCUUCGUUCCGCGGGUCUAACAACUCGACUGCUACGACCUACCCUCGUACAAUGCGGUUCCGAGACCAUCUUUCCGACCUCCCCAAGGAGAUUCCCGGGGGUCAGAGAGCCCCUGAACUGUACGACAAGAGCAAGAUCUUGAAGCUCGAGGCAGAGGCUCAAAAGUUGAGGGAGAUGAUUGAUAAGAAAGAGGACGCGAAGAGACAGAAACUCAGGGAAUGGGACAGUCUUGAACGUGAGGCAGAAACGGCCCAGCUGAGGGUUGAUCUUGCUGAGGGUUCAUUGCGAAACAUAAAUGGAGAGGCGGAUGUUAGUGAUGCCUUCUAG